GUGAUUGCAUUAAAUACCGUAAAAUAUGUAAGAAAAUAUUUUUACCCAUCACUUUCUGAAGGACGCAAAGUGUUAGUAGUUAAACAAAUUUAUCUAUAUAUUUAUAGUUUUUUGAAGUAUAUGAACUCGUCUGUUUGUACAUAAUUAGGUUAGUUUAGAAAAUUCCUAAAAUGUAGUAGUAGAGGAAAUCUACUGUUUUUAUCUGGAGAAGAAAUCUUAAUUUUAAGGAAUUUUCUCAUAGUUUGUUUUGUUACUUUUGAUAUCAACUCUUCAAGACAUCGUAAAGGGUUUUCAUAUCAAGCUUCAAAAUCUACUCUUGUUUUUAAAUAAAACACGUAUCUUAAUAUAAAUAUGUUUUGUAAACGAAUGUCUAAUAGUAAGGAAAGACGUAAACGACUUCUUCACGAUGAUCACCAUCUUGCUGACUGCGAAUUUGUUGUUGGAGAUUCACCAAAUGAGGAACCAAAGCGCUUUCUUUGUCAUAAAAUGAUUUUAGCAACCGCCUCUGAAGUUUUCGAACGGAUGUUUUAUAGUGAGUUCAAAGUUAAUGGGCCAGUACAUAUAACAGAGGUAGAUCCCAAAAGUUUUGAACGUUUCUUGCGUUAUGUUUAUAUAUAUGAAAUAGAAACAGAACAAUCUCUAUCGUUGGAAGAGUUAGGGGAAUUAUUUUAUUUAGCAGACAAGUACAUGAUGCAAGAUUUAACUGAUGAAUUAGUAAAACAUUUGAGAAGUAAACACAAUUGGACAAUAGGAGACGUGUGGCCAAUGUUUGAUUUGGCAUGCCUUCAUGAAAUCUUACCGUUAUUAUUGUUAUGUUAUGAGGAAAUAACGAAAUACGUCGAGAAGUUGUUAUCUGUCAAUUCCUUCUAUGAACUGAAUGUCAACCAUCUGAAACGGGUGGUAAUAUUAGUUUCGCAACAGCCACAUAUAUCACCAAAAUUAAUGCUGCAAAAGCUGGAAGAAUAUGGACGUCGAAAUAAGUUACAUGAAAAUCGAGAAUCUGAACAGUUUCUAAAAUUGGUGGAGGCCGCAUGUCUGUUGGAUCUUAACAAGCUAUCAAAAGGAGAUUUCGAUUCGGGACCUGCAAAAUCAUAUUUGUUUAACAAAAUACAAACCAAAUAAUUAUAUGUUAAUUUAAAAUAACAUUUAGCAGUUAGAUUCGUUUUACAUAAUUUUAAAUGGCCAAUGGUGCUAUCGGCCCAGCCAAAUUGGACUCUUCAGGUCUAUUCUAAGCAAAAAUCAAGGUGGGAACACUACACGUUGUUAAUGAAGCGGCAGAAAAUAUUCCUAAAAUAACUUGGAUAAAUGCUGCGAGGCUAUAGGAUGCCAGAGUGAAAGGGGCCAAGCGAGGCGAACUGCUGCAUUAGCUUUUAAGAUUUCAGUGUGAUCGAUGGAUUCAGACGAAGAGGUUUUUAUUUCGAACUUAAUUUUUUUGAUCCCACAAUAUUGGACGCAACAAAAAAUCUCAUUAAUCAGUGUGCCUACAUCAAAUCUGAAAUCAAACUUAAACAAAAAAAAAUGAGAAACAAUAAAUAAGAAAACAAUUACUAAAAAUA